AUUUGCGCCCUUUUUUGGCGUCAAGUUAAUUUGUUUAAUUUCGGCUAAAAUGUCAAAAAAAUUAAACAGCAGUGUGGGUGGUACGCCUAAAAAUACGCUUUUUAACUAUUUUUCCAAGUCGCCGGCGGUUGACAAAAAGAAACUCACGCCCUGCGCAGCAAUCGAGGCACAAAAAGAAAAUCUACAGAAUGGCACUGACAAGGAUACAAAGAAUAACCUUAAGCCGAAUGCUAAGCGCAAGUUAUCUGUAUCGCCAGCUGUUGCCAAAGAAGACAAAAAGAAAAUAGAAGUGGAUGAAGACGAGCAGGAUGAACAGAUUAGCGGACGGAAGCGUAAGCGUAUAAUCGCGCCUGAAUCGGAAAGCGAAGACGAAUAUGAAUCCCAAUCGGAGCCGGACUUUUCCGAAGAUGGCUCAGAGUACGAGCCUGAUAACAAGGAGCAGGCAGCAAGUGAGGAAAGCGAAAGCGGUGAGGAGGAAGUUGAUGAGCACAGUGAGUCAGACUCUGAGGAUAAUCCAACACCCAAGAAAAGUCUCAAAAAAUUCAACAAAAAUUACAAUAAUAAUAAUAACGAUAAAGAGCCCGCAACGAAAAAACCUAAACUGGAAAGCAAGACACAUGUACUGGCAACCGGUGGCAGUUUCAUGGAGAAACUCCAACAACUCCAGAGCAAUGCUAAGCAAGAUGGCAACUAUGAUGAGAUUGCUACCAAUACCAACAACUUGGAUGAGCCUGUAGUGUGGCCACAUCAUAAGCUUGACUUUUUGCAGCCUGACAAGAUUAAAGACAAAGCAGGCCGGCGGCCUGAUCAUCCCAACUACGAUAAGAGCACAUUGCAUGUGCCAGAAAAAUUUCUCAAUUCAUUAUCUCCAGGAGUGCGCCAGUGGUGGAUACUAAAAUCGGAUAACUACGAUUGUGUGCUUUUCUUCAAGGUGGGAAAAUUCUAUGAGCUCUAUCAUGGGGACGCAGAUGUGGGCGUGAAUGAACUGGGAUUCACGUAUAUGCGCGGCGAAUUUGCGCAUUCGGGAUUCCCAGAAAUAUCCUACGAUAAGAUGUCCUCCAUAUUAAUUGACAGAGGCUAUAAGGUUGCGCGCGUGGAGCAAACUGAAACUCCAGACAUGAUGACAGAACGCUGCAAGCGGAUCAAGCCCACCAAAUUCGACAAGGUAGUGGCUCGUGAGAUCUGCCAAAUAACAGAUCGUGGCACACAGGUAUAUGGAUCUCAAUGCGCCAUAGGACCCAAUCAUCAGCCCAACUAUAUGCUGGCCAUAGUUGAGCAAGAUGUGGGCAGCUGCAGCAAAUAUGGCGUUUGCUUCAUAGACACCUCAAUUGGCGACUUUCAUGUAGGCGAGUUUGAUGAUGAUAAAAGUUGUUCCAGAUUGUUGACGCUGUUAUCGCAUCAUAUGCCCGUCUUGCUGCUGCAUGAGAAAUCUACGCUAAGUUCUCGGACACAUCCGAUUUUACGCACAGUUCUGGGCGGUAUACUCAAGGAGCAGCUGCCGAGCGAUGGCGCUCAAGUCUGCAGCGCUGAGAAGACACUUAAGCUGCUGGCGGAGCGAUACUAUGCAGCUGGCGAGGACAAUUGGCCACUGGUGUUGCGCAGCAUGCAAUCAGAUGUUGAUCACUUAGGCUUGACGCCAGCCGAACCAUAUAAGCUGGCACUUAAGGCCCUGGGUCAAUGCAUUUACUACAUUGGCAAAUGCAAACUGGAGCCCAAGGUUUUGCCUAUGGCGCGCUAUCAGUUAUAUGUGCCGCCCGAUCAGUUGGAUGAUGUGCCGUCUGCUUUGCUAAACACUGUGCGUCGCUCUCAUAUGGUGCUGGAUGCCACCACUUUGUCCAAUUUGCGCAUCAUAGGUCCAGAGCAUACGCUGCUGUCCACGCUGGAUCAUUGCUGCACCAAGUUUGGGAAGCGUCUGCUGCAUCAUUGGCUCUGCGCGCCUAGCUGCGACGUGGAAGUAAUACGCGAGCGUCAGGCAGCAAUUGGGGAGUUGAUACAGCGUAGCGAAGACUUGCAGCAGCUACGCGCCUUGUUUGCGCCCUUGCCGGACUUUGAGCGUCACUUAGCGCAAAUUCAUUUGUUUGGCAACAAGCAUAUAAAGCAGAUGGACCAUCCAGAUGCACGCGCCAUACUUUUUGAAGAGAAGUUGUACAACAAGCAGAAACUUCGCAAUUUUAUGAGCAUACUGAAGGGCUUUGAAACGCUUAUGAAGCUACCAAAAAUGCUGCAGCAUUGCCAAUCGAAGCUAUUGCAGCGCCUGUCGCAGUUGACCGAUAGCGGUGGCAGCUUUCCCGACCUUAGCGAGCAGCUGCAUUUCUUUGAGAAUGCCUUUGACCAUGAGGCAGCUGAUAAAACAGGUGUGGUGGCGCCACAGCUCGGCAUGGAUGCGGACUAUGAUGAAGCGCAGCAACACAUAGCUGAUGUAGAUCUGCGUCUAAAGGAUUACCUCAAAGAACAGGAGCGACACUUUGGCUGCCGUGUGGUCUACUUUGGCUCUGAUAAGAAACGCUAUCAGCUGGAAGUGCCUGAAGCACAUGCCCAUAAGGCCAACAAAGCCUACGCACUGGAGGGACAGGUCAGAGGAAAAAAGCCUGCGCGACGCUAUACUACGCUGGAAACGAAGGCUCUGCUGAAGGAAAUGCAACAAGCUGAGGAUGUGCGUAAUGAAGUGCUCAAAGAUUUGGCGCGCAGACUCUUUGAAAAGUUUUCCAAGCACUAUGCACAGUGGCACCAAUGCGUUGAUUGCGUGGCUCACAUAGAUGUGCUGGCUGCUUUAGCGGAGUAUGCGCGUCAGCAGCUGGUCAGCUGUGUGCCAGAGCUGGUGGCAGCCAAUGGACAGCCUUUUAUAGAGCUAGAAGAGGGAUAUCAUCCAUGCGUAGAUCCCUCCACCUAUAUACCCAAUGGACUACUGCUGGGCACGGACGCAGAGGCGCCGCUAUCGCUGUUAACUGGCCCCAACAUGGGCGGUAAGAGCACACUUAUGCGUCAGUUGGGACUGCUGUCGAUCAUGGUGCAAAUUGGCGCGCAUAUUCCCGCAACUAGCUGCCGCCUCUCCAUUGUCGAUCGCAUUUUUACACGUCUGGGCGCGCAGGACGAUAUUUUGGCCGGCCACAGCACUUUUCUGGUUGAGCUGAGUGAGACUUCGCUCAUACUGAAGCAUGCCACAGCACAUUCUUUGGUUCUACUGGAUGAAUUGGGUCGUGGCACGGCCACUUAUGAUGGUACUGCUAUUGCUGCUUCGGUUGUUAACUUUUUAGCUGAGCUUAAGUGCCGCACUUUGUUUUCAACGCAUUAUCAUAAUCUAAUUGACUUCUUUCACAUGGAUAAACGCAUUACAUUGGGUCACAUGGCCUGCAUGGUUGAGAAUGAAGAUAAUACAGAUCCCACGCAGGAAACGGUGACAUUUUUAUAUAAAUACACGGCAGGUGCUUGCCCCAAGUCGUAUGGGUUCAACGCUGCCAAGCUGGCUGGCAUGCCACAAGACAUUAUCAAGCGUGCCUAUGAGUUAUCCAAACAAGUGGAGGCUAUUGCCUUGCAGCGCAAGCUAACAGCCAAAAUUGUGGCAGCUGCAGUUGAUAGGUCCGCCAACCAGCAGAAAUUAUUGUCAACUGUUAAAGAUUUGUUGCUGCAGCUUCAACUUUGCCAUGUCUAGUUUAUGAGCUAAAUCUUUUUAGCACUUUGGAGGCUUCUCAGAGUUUUUUGUUUUUUUUUUUUUGUUUUGUAGCAAUUUGUUUGUAUUGUCACAGCUUGAGUGGUUGUUACCUAAACAUUUGCAUUUGAAACACAGUAUAAUUGCCAAGAAAAUAAACUUUAAGUAUCUAUAAAUAAAUGUCAAA